UAUUCUAAUGAUUUUACCUUGAAAAAACUUUGAUCCUGUAUAGUUUAGGUAAGCAUGCUCCAUAUUGAAGUUUUGGGGAUUUUUCUCUCCUUCCCCAGCAUUGGUGGAAAUUCCUAUUUACUGUAGGAUUUGUUUUCCAGUCAGCAUCUUGUUCCUUUUCAUAAUUUUUGGCCUUUUGCUAAAUUGGUGGGAAUAAAGAUUGAAGAAAUCUGGGAUAUACUAGGCUGAGAAACUCUUUCAGCAUAUAAUUAAAUCACAUGUGUGCCACCUUAAAGUAUCUGUUGCUGGAGAGAUAUGUAGCUUUGAGGUGUGGAAGAAAAUGUCAGUCAGCAUGCAUGAGAAUCGGAAGUCUAGAGCCAGCACUGGCUCUAUAAACAUAUAUUUAUUUCACAAAUCUUCAUAUGCUGAUAGUGUCCUCACUCAUCUGAAUCUUCUGCGUCAACAGCGUUUAUUUACAGAUGUACUCCUCCAUGCUGGAAACAAGUCAUUUCCUUGCCAUAGAGCUGUGCUAGCUGCCUGUAGCCGAUAUUUUGAAGCUAUGUUCAGCGGCGGUCUUAAAGAAAGCCAGGCCAGUGAAGUCAACUUCCACAAUUCCAUCCAUCCAGAGGUUCUAGAACUUCUUCUGGACUACGCGUACUCUUCAAGGGUCAUCAUCAAUGAAGAAAAUGCAGAGUCCCUCUUGGAAGCAGGUGAUAUGUUGGAAUUCCAAGACAUUAGAGAUGCUUGUGCAGAAUUCUUGGAGAAGAACCUUCAUCAUACCAAUUGCCUUGGCAUGCUGCUUCUGUCGGAUGCUCAUCAGUGUACCAAACUUUAUGAGCUCUCUUGGAGGAUGUGCCUUAGCAACUUCCAGACCAUCAGUAAAAGUGAAGAUUUUCUCCAGCUUCCAAAAGACAUAGUUGUUCAGCUGCUCUCUAGUGAAGAAUUAGAGACUGAAGAUGAACGAUUAGUUUAUGAGUCUGCCAUGAACUGGAUUAACUAUGAUAUAAAUAAACGUCACUGUUACCUGCCAGAAUUAUUGCAGACUGUGAGACUGGCUCUUUUGCCAGCCAUAUACCUAAUGGAAAAUGUAGCUACUGAAGAGCUUAUCACCAAGCAAAGGAAAAGUAAAGAGGUUGUAGAGGAAGCAAUCAGGUGCAAAUUGAAGAUUCUGCAGAAUGACGGUGUAGUCACUAGUUUAUGUGCUAGGCCUCGAAAAACUGGACAUGCCUUAUUUCUUCUGGGAGGCCAGACAUUUAUGUGUGACAAAUUAUAUCUUGUCGACCAAAAAGCAAAGGAGAUCAUUCCAAAAGCUGACAUUCCAAGCCCAAGGAAGGAAUUCAGUGCAUGCGCAAUUGGCUGUAAAGUCUAUAUUACUGGCGGUCGAGGAUCUGAAAAUGGAGUCUCUAAAGAUGUUUGGGUAUAUGAUACGCUUCAUGAAGAAUGGUCCAAAGCAGCUCCAAUGCUAGUUGCUCGGUUUGGCCAUGGUUCUGCUGAACUCAAACACUGUCUAUAUGUUGUAGGAGGUCACACAGCAGCCACUGGUUGUCUUCCAGCCUCUCCCUCAGUAUCCUUAAAACAAGUAGAACAGUAUGAUCCUGUGACUAAUAAAUGGACAAUGGUUGCCCCACUUCGAGAAGGAGUAAGCAAUGCUGCUGUAGUCAGUGCAAAGUUAAAACUCUUUGCUUUUGGUGGUACCAGUGUCAGUCAUGAUAAGCUUCCAAAAGUACAAUGUUAUGACCUGGGUGAAAACAGGUGGACUGUACCAGCCACUUGUCCUCAGCCAUGGCGAUACACAGCUGCAGCUGUUCUCGGUAACCAAAUUUUUAUUAUGGGUGGAGAUACUGAAUUCUCUGCUUGCUCAGCUUAUAAAUUCAACAGUGAAACUUACCAGUGGACCAAAGUGGGAGAUGUGACAGCUAAGAGAAUGAGUUGCCAUGCUGUUGCAUCUGGAAACAAGUUAUAUGUUGUGGGAGGCUACUUUGGAAUCCAGAGAUGCAAAACAUUAGAUUGUUAUGACCCCACACUUGAUAUGUGGAACAGCAUAACCACAGUGCCCUAUUCGCUAAUCCCAACUGCAUUUGUGAGCACAUGGAAACAUCUCCCUUCUUAGCUGCAUGUGUGCUUAUACAGUUUAUUGCAUUAUAACGCUGAGUAAACCUGGGAACCAACUGUGGAGAAGUGGUUUUGAUGAAGACAUUUCUUUUUUGAAUUUGAAGAAGAUACCCUGCACCUUCUAAAUUCUUAAAAGUUGGAAAUGAAGGAAUGGAAAUGGGAAUAUUGUUUUCGGUAUAUCAGCACAUGGUUUAAUUAUGAAUGAACGAACCCAUGGUCGGGUCCUUGUGUUAGUAAUUGUGGAUUAAUGUCAAGUUUAAUAAUCCUUUCAAAUGGGAGGGGAGGUAGGGAGGGGGGAUGAACUUUCCAGAGCUGCAUAACACAGCACAACCCUCAAUUUUCAUGGACUUUGCUUUUUGUGUGCAAAAUUUGAAAUGGUUGUCACCUCCCUUUGUGACAGUUUGAAGUGUCAACAGCAGCUGCGAAGGAAGCAUACAAGGGUUCAGCAAGAUGUAUCCUUUGUGAAUGAAGAUGCAGCUUUGCCCAGGGCAAUGAGCUUUGUCCUAGGCAGUGCUGGGAGCAUCAGUUUCAAUUGGUGAGCUGCGUUGUGGCUCUUGAAUUACUUUCUUAGGGAGCAGCAGCUCAAUUAUUAAAAAAUAAAAUAAUUUUUUCCCCCAGCGUCUACGCGAAAGGAGAAUGACUCUUCUUCCCUACGUACAUGCAAUUUAUUUCUUCUUGUAUUUAUUAAUUAUGACUGUCCUGCUUCUGAAUUGUUACUUGUUGUAGAUACAGCUAUUUAUUGUUCAGUGCUUGCAUGCUGAAACAAUGCCUGGAGUAAUUUUCAAGUUAUAAGGGCUUAUCGGACUCUUAUGUUUUGCACAUUCUGUGAUUUCUGACUUGUUCUGCUGCACAAAAAAAAAAAAAAAAAAAAA